GGAUGUCAAUAUUUUAUUUGUCGAAACCAAUGAUUUUUCAUUAUAAUCUAUUUGAUCAUUCGUUGAACUACUGAAUUAUAUAUCUGUCUUCAAUUAAAUUUUUUUUGUUUGAUUCCAGUAAUUUAGUUUCAAUAAAUAGACCAUAAUUAAUGAGGGAUUCCACCUGUGCAAAAGAAAAAAGAAAAAAAGAAGAAGUAAAAAACAAGAUUAAGCAAGCGAUAGCUUUGUCCCUGCAGAACAUUCCAACGGCUCGGGUUCUGCAAUCUCCGCUACUAUAAACUUUAACCGCGUAGCUGGGCGCGUACACUAUGGAAUAAAUAGCGCCACAUUCUCCUUCAAAACCAAACAAUUAAGCCUCUAGUUUUAUACAUCUACAAUGGCCAUCGCUUCCAACUCUCUUAUUGCUUCGCUUCUAAUCUCUCUUCUUCUUCUCCAUCUGGCUGAAGCUGACCACUUGUUGCAGGAGAACACAAAUUGUGGUUGGGCUUGCUUGUGGCGAUGCGUGUCAUCAAAAAGGCCAAAUCUGUGCAAUCAGGCAUGUGGGUCUUGCUGUGCACAAUGCAACUGUGUUCCUCCAGGGACUUCCGGUAACUACGAGGCUUGUCCCUGCUAUGCUACCUUGAAGACCCACAAUGGCAAACGCAAGUGUCCUUGAAUAUAAUUCCAAAGCUUUAAUUUGUCCUUGUGCUUAUAAGAUUUGCCGUGGGAUGAUGAUUCCCUCAAGCCAGAACGUAUAAAUAUAGAGUAUAUAUAUAUAUAUAUGAUAUGUAAAGGCCGUUUUCCAUUUUAAUAAGUAAUUUUCAGUUUACACGAGAAUACAUAUUCAUACAUUCAGCAACUUUAUUCACUCUUACUAUAUAUAUGCAUCAUGAAUUUUAGCAUUCAAGAACAGAGAUGUUGCCGAAGCUGAUCAUAUAUA